CGAAGCAGCAGUUUGUAGAGUCAGAGUGAGACGUCCUGAUCUGUAGGUGAAGGAAGACUCCAGAGGACCUGCUGACAGGUGCACCUGCUGAACCUAAAUUCAUGUUGGACAGAUUUCAGACUGAAGAUCGACGGCGCUGAACCGAACCACAGCAGCAGAAUGACUGCAGCCACAAAGCUCCUGGAUGAGAUGUGCCACCUGACGGCUCAGUCUCUGACACCAAUGGACACAUCGGAGCACUUCAAGGUCCUGAAGCUGCUGGGUGAAGGCUCGUAUGGGAAGGUCAUGCUGGCUGUACACAGGAAGAGAGGCACUCCCAUGGCUCUGAAGUUCUUCCCUCGUGAGUCCACAUCUCUCUUCUCCUUCCUGAGGGAAUAUAACCUCUCGUUGUCGUUCUGCACCCAUCCAUCCCUGACCAGAGCUCUGGGAAUCGCCUACUCCACACCUUCACACUACGUCUUCGCUCAGCAGGCCAGCCUCUUUGGAGAUCUCUACGAUGUCAUCAUACCUGAGGUGGGGAUGGAGGAGGACUGCUGUCAGCGGGUGGUGUCCCAGCUGUGUGGAGCUCUGUCCCACCUGCACUCCCUUGGUUUUGUCCACAGAGACCUCAAACCAGAAAACGUCUUCCUGUGCGACUCUGCCUGCCGAUGGGUCAAACUGGGAGACUUCGGCAUGGUGAAGGCCAGAGGAACCAGGGUCCCGGAGGUCUGGUACAGCUCUCCUUACUGCACCCCAGAGGCUGAGAUCGCUCGAGGAAAUGAGGACAGCUGGAACAGCACGAAUGACGGGAAGGAUGGCUUUAAGGGGGCUGAAGAGAGGAAGAAGACCAGAGUGUGGGUGUCGGUGGAGCCCAGCACCGACAGCUGGGCGCUGGGAAUCCUGACGUACGCGAUGCUGACCGGCAGCCACCCCUGGGCUGAAACCUCCAGCGACUGCUGCUCAUACCUGAAAUAUCAAGAAUGGUUUGACAGAGUUAAAAGCCCCGAUGAUGAACUGGAUGUUUGGACGGAACCACAGUCAGAGAACAUGCAGGAGGCCACAGAUUUAGAUGAAGAAGGACUGGGAAAGAAGGACCAUCUUCCCAUUGCACCCCAGUUUGCUUGUUUUACCCCACUGGCCCACUCCUUCUUCCAGUCGCUCCUCGACCCGAAGCCGAGGCUUCGUGGACGACCGGACGAUGCGUUGAGUUUCCUCGGAGGAGAAUGGAUGAUGGAGAAGGAGAGGGUGAGGCUGGAAGAGGAAAGGAAGAAGAGUAGAGGGAAAAGUGCAAUCAGAAACAUGAAAGAGAUGGAGGGGAGAGGGGAGCGAUGAGCAAAGACUGUUUACUAGAAUGAUGAACUAACAGAGAUGGUCUGUUGACUACUGGUGAACUUUGUGACCGUCACAGCAGCCAUACUCAGUGUUCAACAGAAGUUCUAAACUGUUUCAUCUCCCAAUAACUGCAUUUUAUAUAUAUGUAAGGUAAGCAGCAAAGCAUUUCCUAUAAUGAACAGUAAAAACAAACAUUUUACAAAGAGUAUACAGGAGGUAUUCGGUUUAUGACAUCAUCGACCUACAACGUUUCAUCAUUAUGUCAGAACUGGUUGUGUGGAACUAGUUGAUGAAUGGAGCGGAUGAAUACGUCGUCACACGGCGCUAGCAGACGGCUUUGUUUCCGUUAUCCGGUUGUUCUCCACCUUGGACUCAGGAGAAACCAACUGGACUGUUUUUUUCUGAAGCUGCUACAAUUCAAAGGUGGAACAUUUCAGUCAUGAACCUCCUCAUUAGUCUUUGUCGUGGUGUCCGUUACUGCUGAACUCCCACAAUGCUCUCUGCUUUAACAUGAACUGCUCAUCAUCCAACAUGAUGCACAGAACAACAAAAACAAGAAGCAAAACGACAAAAACAAGAAACAAAACGAGACAAAAUGAUAAAAAUGAACCAAAAAACAUCAGAAACGAGACACAAAACGACAUAAGCGAGACACAAAAUAGAGGUGAGCUAACUAAACAUGGCGCGUUCACUGACAUUAAGUAAAUCUGGAACUGAACAAUAAAUUGAAACCUCAACAUCAAAAACAAUAUCCGUCCGUUACAAUAUUCUGUUAUCUUCAAGUAAAAUGAUUCAUACAUGCAUGAAAGUAAUUGGUAUUCAUGACUUUAUGAAGAACUGAUGGAUUUCGUGUUGCAUGGAACGGCUUUGUUUAGAUUUUCACCAGAGUUCCUAAAGUCGAGGACCCCCGUACAAAAAUCCUGGCUUAUGUGACGACUCCUAAUCUGCAGAAACCUUCAGAAGAGGAAUAUUCCAGCAUGAUAACCACCCAGAGCACACUGCUGAAACCACACAACAAGAUUCAGUCUGUCAUCAAAAACAAUACCGGACUUACAAACUAUUGAAGGACUAAAGAUUAGAGCCUCAGUAAUGAAAGGUUACUUCUGCUGCAUUGAGUUCCUUCUGCUCCUCAGUGAACCAUCAGGUUUUGUUGGUGAAAUAAACAGUGAUGGGAAAUGGUGGAUGGAGUAUAAAAUAAAAGGAAAAAAUCACCUCCCACGUUUAACCUCUUCAAACAUUAGGGAAGCGACUUUGGAAAAAGCCCCCUUGUUAAAUGAAAACAGCACGUUUUAUGGGAAAUCUAGUGUUUGGCAAACUGUUGACCUGUGGGAGGCCGACAGCUGCUUGGACUGCUGUAGAUAAUUGAAAGCAUUUACUACAGCGCUACGUGUAAAUAUCAGACUGAGAAAGACAUGAAAGUGGUGUAACAACAGCUGCUCUUCUGUGGAUUAUGUGUGUUUAGUAGUGCUGUAACGCUAUCAUGUCCUUGAAAAAGAUACAGACUUUAGCACAUCGCUGCUAUAUUUAGGCUUUCAGAGUGUAAGGACGUCAUAGUAGGCUGUGAACUGUUUAUAGACCAGAGUAGAGUUAGGCAAUAAACAUGUCAGAGGUCCAGUUUAGACGUAACCACAACGUUUUUUUUUACUUGGAUUUAAAGAAUAAAAAGCUUUUCUAAAAUAAAACUUUAUCAGCAAUGUAAAAGUAGCCCCAAGCAUGCAACUUUUACUCCUUUUUUUGUAUUUUAUCAUAUUAGCACUGAGCUGUUAGCUUUAACAUUUUGCACAUAGAUAUAAAGCUGUAUUUUCUCUUAUUUUUGUAUAAUUAAA